AUGUAUACCUACACUCCCACCGGCAAGUUCCUCGUCCUCUCUCCUGUUCAGUCUCGCCCUGAGCAGACCAGCAAAUUCCUUGUCCUCACACCCACCGAAUCUGGUCCUGAGUAUGAGCUUGGCACAUCAUCUCCCGCCUCUCCUGAGAUUCGGGACCGUUCAGACAGCGUCAGUACCGAGGAGUCGCAGAUUGAAGCUGCAUUUUCUCCCUUCGCUGGUGGCUUUCUCUACCUGGGCCACGGUAUCAGACCUAAGCCGGUGGACGUCUAA